AUGGAGUUUGCUAAAUCAAACAUUGAUGGCUACCAAAAUGUCAUCGUUAUGCGUCACGGCGAUCGAAUGGACCGUUUUGAGCCACUUUGGGCUUCGACCGCUGAAAGACCGUGGGAUCCUCCACUCAUUCAUAACGGUAUGGUUCGUGCCUUUCAAACCGGUCAAAGAAUCAGUUCUCAGGCUGUGUUUCCGAUUCACCGUGUCUUUGUCUCUCCUUUCCUUCGCUGCAUCCAAACUGCUGUUGAAGUUAUCACCGCUCUCUCCGCCGUCCCUUCCAUUGAUAACUCUAAGCUCAAGGUAGCAAUAGAAUUUGGAUUGUGCGAGAUACUGAACUCAUUGGCUAUUAAGAGUGACGUUGCCCCCAAAGAUGGGAAGUUUGAUUUCAAUAUUUCAGAUCUUGAAGCUAUGUUUCCUGAGGGAACAGUGGACAAUAAUGCCGAUAUGGUUUAUAAAGAGUUGCCACAAUGGGGAGAAUCUGCGGAAGGUUUCAAGGAACGAUAUGUAAAUACAUUGAAAGUUCUUGCAGAGAAGUAUCCUUCUGAGAACUUGCUCUUAAUCACUCAUCGGGGAGGAGUAAGUACUAUACUCUACAAGUACUUAAAAGACGCAACUAAGCGCUUCGUAGAUUAUUGUGGUUGUGUUGACUUGAGAAGACAGGAUGUGUUUGGUGAAUCUGUGGACUUCAAGGUGGUCACUAGUCAUGGAGUAUCAAUCAAGGACCACAAUGUCCCAAUACAUGACCGUAUAAGAAGACAAUCUCCGAAUUUCAGAGCAACAAUGACGUCAUCUGCUAAUGCGAAUACUAACAAUGGCUACCAAAACAUCUUGAUGCUGCGUCACGGUGAUCGCAUUGACAAGGUCAACCCACUCUGGCUCGAUACAGCUUCGAGACCUUGGGACCCUCCUCUCGUUCAGGACGGUUUGGUUCGUGCGUUUCAAACUGGUCAACGGAUCCGAUCUGAGAUCCAGUUUCCGAUCCAUAGGGUGUUUGUCUCUCCUUUCAUCCGCUGCGUUCAGACCGCUUCAGAAGUUAUCUCAGCUCUCGCAGCCGUCGAUGUAAACCCUAACGCUACGUCUUCUAAAGACGUUAUUUCCAUCGAUAAAUCUAAGCUCAAGGUAUCUAUCGAGUUUGGUUUGAGUGAGAUGUUGAAUAGUAUGGCUAUUAAGCCUGAGGUUGCUCCAAAAGAUGGGAAGUUCGAUUUCAUGGUUUCAGAUCUUGAAGCUAUAUUUCCUGAGGGAAUGGUGGAUCAUAAUGUGGAGCCUGUUUAUAAAGAGAUGCCACAAUGGGGAGAGACUGUGGAAGGAUGCACAGAACGGUUUCUUAGUUUGGUGAAGACUCUUGCUGAUAAGUACCCUUCAGAGAACUUGCUCUUAGUCACUCACGGGGAAGGAGUAAGGACUACAUUUGCAACCUUCAAAGACGUAGAUGUGUACGAAGUAGAAUAUUGUGCUUGUGCUGAACUGAGACGACAGGUCUUGAGUCAAGAAGGGCCUACUAAAGCUGGAGACUUUGAAGUGAUUACAAGUCUUGGUCAAGCUGGAAUCAAGUACCAUUCCUUGACCACCACAGAAAAACCUUGUGUGAAGUGGUUUUGAGUCUUGGUCAAGCUGGAAUCAGGUUUAGUCAUGAUC